CGUCGCCUUGCCACCUCUGCGACGAUUUAAUCAGGUACGCUUCGCAUUACCCAUUUCCCAUCUCAAAUUGGUUGAUUCCACGGCCCCUGAUCCCUCUCUUCGUUGUCGCCCUUCCAUAUGCCCAUCUCGUCACUGCCUUCCAAUUUCUACGCUGUGCCAUUGCGCAGUCCCCCCAUGAUCCACGCCGCCCUUCCUGCCAGGUUGGAGGUGCCUGACACUCGCGGCCUCUCCGAGUUCCCACUGCCCGCACGGCUAAUCCCCACAACAUGUUUGGGUUUCUGCUUCAGGUCGGCCGGCCAAGAUUCCCUUCUUCGCUGUUCCCCUCGCAUUCCUUUCCAUGCUGGUAGGGAAUAUGGCUGCUAGGCUCAUGGCAAAGGCCGCGGAAUGGUACGAGAGUCUUGAGAACUUACUCGGGGCAGCCUGGUGUGUCUAGCCCCUGGGCUCCGUCCAAGGUGUGAAUGCUCCCAGGAUAGCCAUCGCUCACCUUGACCCAUUGUCCCGGAAUUGACUCCUGUCUGUGCCUCAACGGCGGACCCAACGGAUCCUGGACUUUUCCCUCCCACUCUUUUCCUCGGCUGGACCCGCGUUUGUCAUUUGCCAGGUGACUGCAUCUUGGCUCGCCCUCACUUUUCUCGGAUUGUGCCGUCGCCCUCCUGCACUGCUCCUCUUUCACAUGACCUUUUACUUCCUUGGACUUCUUGUGACUAUGCCCAUGUCUUGUCGCCUGUUUCACUCUCAAGAGCCUUUUUGCAUAGAUAGUUUUGCGCUGCAGGCGCAGCAACUGUCGAAAUGGCGGGCUUUGGACUGACAUCGCCGACUUCAGACCAGCAGCCGCCGAGUGCUUUCGACCUCAGUCGCUUCUCCGAUUCCGAAUCCGAGGAACAGACCUCUCGUUCUCCUGCAAGGACCCCGUCCGAGUUUUUGUCUUCAGCUUUCCGCGGCAUCAAAAAGAUCACUCCCGGCCGGGAGGAGUUUGCGAGGCUCACGCGCCAACCUUCACAGCUCGGUCUACGACGACCCGCUGAGUCUAACAUUCCCACCGCAGAGCGACCGUCCAUAUCGUCUCCUAUCCAUAUAAAGUCUCCAAACCCACUCCAGGCGCAACAUGCACGGAGCCUGAGUCUCCAAAACAGUCUUGCAAAACCUUUACCGGAACCUCCUCCACCGACGCUCUCCCCAACGAGCCCAUCAACGCCUACGCCAUUCACUCAACCGCCGCUGGAAACGAUUGUGAACGCAGAAGAAGACUGGAUGGACAACAAUCGAAUGAGCCCCAUGGAUUCGGCAUCAUCGAUGGAGAUGGGAGGUGGCGGCACGUAUAUGAGAUUUCAAGAGACUGCACGACAGGAUGUUAGCAUGAGUAGCAGUCAGAGCAGCUUCGCAAGUGUUCACAGAUCAGAAGGGGGAGAUGGACGCCAUGAAAACUCGACGCAGAGGAGUAAUGGGCCAAUGUCGGCCGGCCCCUCCCCCAACGGUGGCCCAGGGAGGUCACAGGUAGCGGGUGGCGGUGGGCCGCAACCAAUGCCCUCGCCAUCACAGCAUUUGUCGGGUUUGAUGUGCAACGUGCACCGGACAACAGGCAGAGAGCCGCCGCCUUUGGUUGGUGCUACUACGACAGUCUUGGGAGACAAACUAUUCGUAUUUGGUGGAAGGGUACUGUCGAGAAGCAAGCCAGCGCCACUGACGGCUGAUCUAUACGAGUUGGACCUCAUCCGACGACACUGGUCUAAAAUCGAGGCGACCGGAGAUGUUCCCCCACCUCGGUAUUUUCACUCCAUGUGCGCCCUCGGCGACACGAAACUCGUCUGUUAUGGCGGUAUGUCCCCGAUAUCAAGCCAAAACACCAUACCACAGGAUCAACAACCCGAGGUCAAGGUCAUGUCGGAUAUAUACAUUUAUGACGCACCCACAAGGAAGUGGACCUUCGUUCAGACACAAGAGGCUCCCCAGGGACGAUAUGCUCACUGUGCAUGCAUUCUCCCGUCGUCGGCCGCUUUCGCAUCUCACAGGGCCCCGUUCUCAGCGCUUCAGCAUAAUCCUUCAUCGGGGAACCCCAAUGAGGGCCGCAUUGGAAUCAACAUUGAUGGGACUGGCGGCGCAGAAAUGGUGGUUAUAGGAGGCCAAGAUGCCGCAAAUCACUAUAUUGAACAGAUCAGUGUCUUCAACCUGCGAAGCCUCAAGUGGGUUUCAACGGAACAACUGGGCAAGAGCUGCGGUGCAUAUAGAAGUGUGGUUGCUCCCCUUCCACCAUCCCUCGCGGCAAAAAUAGGCAAGCCACACCCGGUUAGCGGACGGCCGGACCCAGGAGCUACUUCCCAGGAGGCCAAGGAUGCCGGCUCUAGCAUGCUGAUUUACAGCAACUACAACUUUCUCGACGUUAAGUUGGAGUUGCAAGUAAGAUCGAGUGAUGGAACCCUUGUCGAGACGACGAUGAAAGAGCAAUACAGUCCGCCAGGAUUACGAUUUCCCAAUGGAGGAAUCAUCGAUCACUACUUCGUGGUUAGUGGCACCUAUCUCACCUCAUCGAAGCAGGAAUAUGCACUCUGGGCGUUGGAUCUACGGAACCUCAGCUGGAGUAGAAUCGAUGCCGGAGGGGCUGUUUUUAGUCAAGGAAGUUGGAACAGAGGCGUGUUGUGGAACAGGAGGAACACGUUCGUCGUCUUGGGUCACCGAAAGAGAAGCCUUGUGGAUGACUAUAAUCAUCGGCGCAUCAACUUCAGCAAUGUCUGCAUGGUAGAGCUGGAGGCCUUUGGAUUCUAUGACAAUCCUCGGAAAACGGCGCCCAUGAGCGGCUUCGUCAGUGCCAGUAGUCCUUAUACCGGUCCUGGUUUGAGUCUAGCCCGUAAGGCGGGCUUUACUGCCGGCGGUAGACAACACAGCCGUGCUGCCGAAGAGCUCGGAGAGAAGGCGCUUACGAUGCGGGAAUUGGCGGACAUGGAUAUUCUCUGCAUAGGCGGUGAACGGAUACCUGUCAACUCUAGAAUCAUUGCAAGGCGAUGGGGGCCGUAUUUUGUCCAGCUGCUCCGGGAAGGGACAGCCUGCCAGGAUGGUAGCGACGUCAUGACACUCAGAUCCAACUCCAUUUCGGCGUCGUCUGGUAUGGGCCGCAGCUCCAACAUGACACCCACGCCCGGAAACAGAAAUACGAUGGAGAGCCAGAUGUCGGUAUACUCGGGUGGUAGCUCAGCUGGCAAGCCGCCCAGCACCGCCGCCACAUCCGUGGCGGGAAGCAUCAUGUCACCAACGGGUGUAGACGCUGCCGCGCUCAACAGUGCACCAACACCGCGUACUCUUGCGCCUAAUAACCGACCACGAUGCCUCUAUCUACCGCACACCUUCCUCACCAUCCAAGCACUUCUCCACUUCCUCUAUACCUCCAGCCUCCCCCAGCCUACCUCGCCGUUGUGCACUCCACAGAUUCUCUGCAGUCUUCUUCAAAUAGCGCGGCCGUAUCGAGUGGAUGGUCUCCUUGAAGCGGUGGUGGAGCGCCUGCAUAACCUACUUGACAGCCGAAACGCAGCCGCAGUCUUCAAUGCCACUGCCAUGGCCGCCGGAGGCGGACGUGGCAUUGACGGUACCCUCAACCCCAACUUCUUCCCGCCUGCCGACUUGGAUGGACUGGCUAGUCCGGUCGGAUCAAUGCCGCCUUCCGCAAACGGCAGUGAAUAUGGUGGCGGCGGCAGUAGCCUUGCUGCAAGGACUGCCGCAUUGCAUAUCAAUACGACCGGGCUUCAGCAGGGCAGGAGGCCGCCUGACGAGGAGUUGAGCGCUACGAACAGCGUGAGUGGAAGUGAGUGGUCAGAGAUUGGGGAGCAUGAGAGGGAACGAGGAGGUGAAAUCUGGUCUGGAGAGCUAAGCAGCGUGAUUGGUCUGCAGAAGAGAGGUUUGAGGGGGCUAAUGGAGGGUCGGAGGAUGAGAGAGCGGACGGGAACGAACCCUGGGAUGGGACUGGGAGGGCCAGGGCCGUCGAGUGGACAUGGAGGUCCCGGAGGACCGAGCCUUUACGGAUCAACUCCUACGGCGACAUCUUCAAUGCAACAAAUGCAACAACGUGUCGGGACGGGGAUGGGUGGUCCUUGAGCUUUUGUCUGAAGGAUCCAAGUAGGUGAGGUGAACGGAUAGUACAAACUUGGCAUGUCGUUGAUUUACCCGGGGAUUUAGCGGGCAUUUAGGAGGCGGUGGCUAUGUGUGGGAGCCGGAAGUUUAUGUGGAUGCCAUAUACCGAUAGAUGUUUAGUAGAUAUUGAAUAAUGGAUAAGUCCAAAAC